AACAGACCAAACAGAACAGAGCAAACCAGCAAAUUAUGGUCUCUAAAAUCAUCCUAAAUGACAAACAUGUCUCUGAUCAUAUUCUCAUAGGAAAUAGUCCAUGGUGUGUAUAAGACUAUGUAUAAGAAGGAUACAAGAAGGAAACAGGAAACCCAAAUCAGGGAGUGUGUAAGUUCUUCUAAGGCGUACAAGGAAGGAUACAAGAAGGUAACAGGAAACCCAAAUCAUUUGCUGUAACUGAAAGGCUGUGCUCAUUGCUUAAAAGGAUACAAAAGCGCUUCUUAGCAAGUAAAAAGCUUUAUAUCAUUGCUUAAAAGGACACAAAAGCGCUUCUUAGCAAAUAUGAGCUGCUGUUUUCUUUCUACAUUUUCAAGCCCGGCAGCUAUUAUUGUAGGGAAGACCCAAAGCAAUGCGUCACGGAAGCAAAUAAAAACCUCGAAGCAAAGAAGAAUUUGUGCUUAUUACGGCCUCAAAACACCUCCUUACGAACUCGACGCAUUAGAGCCCUAUAUGAGCCUAAAGGCAGUGGAGUUGCACUGGGGUGGGCACCACCGAGGUUACAUUGAAGCUCUUAACAGACAGCUUGGGAAGAAUGACGUACUGUAUGGGUGCACCCUGGAAGAACUUAUUAAAGUGACUUAUAACAACGGAAAUCCAUUACCUGAGUUCAACAAUGCUGCCCAGGUCUGGAACCAUGAUUUCUUUUGGGAAUCCAUGCAACCUGGUGGAGGGGACAUGCCUAAGGUGGGCCUACUUCGGCAGAUUGAGAAGGACUUUGGCUCAUUCACAAAUUUCAGAGACAAGUUCAUUGAAGAAGCACUCUCAUUGUUUGGUUCUGGCUGGGUUUGGCUUGUUUUGAAGAGGGAGGAGAAACGUCUUGCAGUUGUUAGAACAUCAAAUGCUGUCAAUCCUCUUGUGUGGAAUGACAUUCCUAUCAUCUGUUUGGAUAUGUGGGAGCACACUUACUAUAUGGAUUACAAGAACAAUAGAGACGAGUAUGUUGAAGUAUUUAUGAAUCAUCUUGUCUCUUGGACUACUGCAUUAGUGAAUCUGGCUCGUGCACAGUCCUUCGUGAAUUUAGGGGAACCCAAAAUUCCUGUUGCGUGACAUCCCACAAUUUGUCAGUAAGCUCCCUGUCAUGGAUGGAUCACUAGAUGUCUUGGUUGGACAUUGUGUAUGUAUUUGUAUUUAGGAGAUCAAAGUAUACAGUAGGUUGUGACCAUUGUGCUAAAUACAUCAGUAGUUAAUAAUCAAUAUACUACAUUAUUGUUAUUAUCAUGGUAUUAGUCAACUUUCCUAAUAAAGUUUUUUAAUGUAACCCUAUCACAGUCAUCAGUUUGCUAUAUAAAUUCCCGCCAUCCCACCGCUACUGCCACUCCAACUAUCAACCAUUGUUCUGUAUUCAAAUACUG